GGAGGGAAGCACCGUGCUGGCUCGGUGGCCAGGCCGUGGGACGUGACAGUGGUGGCUGUGGGUCCGUGGUCGGUGGUGUAAACAUUAUUCCAGCGAGUAACGGACGCUUAAAAGGCUGUGUUGGCGCCGAAACAUCCUCGUCGCGUCCGCCGCGGCCGUGAUGGGGUUCUUCUGUCGGAACCAGCGCCCCUGGCUCCGGAUGGCGGCCUACGUGGCGAUGGGCGCCGUCGCCACGCUACUGGUGAUGAUGUUCUACACCGACAGAAGUGUGCAGAUGGCGUCAGGCCAACUGACGGCGCCGCUGGACGAGCUCUCCCUCGAGGAGCUGGUCGCGCGGCUGGAGCACAUGCUGUCGCCGGCCAACGAGCGCGUGCGCUGCCGCAGCGCCAUCUUCCCGGGCGGCAAGUGCUCCUGCGUGGACGCCACGCCCGGCGACGAGGAGAGCUGCCUGCUGGUGCCGAUCGCCGACGGCAGCAAGACCGUGUGCCUGGACGACGGUCUGCUGACGCCGGGCCAGCCGUGCCUCGUCUACUCGUUCGGCAUUCGCGACGAUCUGUCGUUCGAGACCGAGAUGGUGCGCUUCGGCUGCACGGUGCACGCCUUCGACCCGACCGUGCGCCUGAACCGGACGGCCGCCGCGCUGCCUGACGCCCUGCACGUCCACUACCUGGGCAUCGACGGCCACUCAUGGACCCAUCGCGUCGACGGCCGCGAGUUCCGCCUGCUGACGCUGGACGCGCUAGUGCGCCACCUCGGCCACGAGGGCGUCCGCAUCGACUACCUGAAGCUGGACGCUGAGGGCAGCGAGUGGAGCGUGCUGCGCGACCAGCUGGGCGGCGGUGGCGGCGCGCUGCGGCGCCUGCCGCAGUUCACCGUCGAGCUGCACCUGCUGUUCCCGCGCGGCACGCUCAGCGCUGACCCCAGCCGUCAGCUCCAGCUGAGCCACGCCGACGCGCUCGGCUUCCUGCAGACGCUGCACGCGCUGGAGGAGGCCGGCUUCCGGCUGAUGGAGAGCCGGCCGGACACGUCCAAGUUCGCAGGCACUGGGCUCUCAUACAUCUACGAGACCACGUGGGUGCGGCAGCGGUGAGCGUGCUGAUAAACAUGAGGCGUGAUGGCGGACACGAGGCGUGAUGGCGCACACGGGGCGUGAUGGUGGGAGCGAGGCGUGAUGGCGUGCGGGCGUCGGUGGUGGUGCGUUGUGUGAACGCGACGGUGACGGUUUGAAGAUAUGGACAGCAGGGAAGAAUCUUGGAAGUGGAGGAAACGGUACGGUCGACAUGUACUGUGGCCGAUAGCAUAUACGAACUCGGGCGGAAAGUCUUUAAUUCAAAUGUUGCCAGGAAACAAAAUCGUUUCGCUGCUGUGUCUGUCUCCCAGAUAUCCGUCCCUCAGGAGAGCACAAGUUGUUGCGAGUAUGACAAUUUUAGAUGGCGUUUUUCCCGCUGUACUUUCUUAUACGGGUUUUGUUCGUUAUUCCGGUGCCAGUAUCGCGCUGCAUCACUUGUGUUAUUUCUCCUGUUGCGUUUGUUGCUGACCGUGUGGACGGAGUAUAGAACUGAGCAGGUCAGAAUCAGCGAAAGAUUAAUUCCGACCUGCUCAGCCGAUGCCAAUGUUACCGAUCUUCCCUCCCGUGCAUGUCCUGGCCGCUCAGCUGCUGCCAGAGCCGUGCUGAUGCCGAUGUUGUCUGUGCAGGUGCGAUGACUGCGCAUGACCAACUGGCGUACGGCCGGGUCCACUAUUCACGGGUUUCAGAUGCGGUGAUCUGCCCGAGUUGCGACAGACGGCCCCGUCUUGCAGUCGGGGCGACCUGGACCUCUAGGCGAAUGGUUGAUGGCUUGAAUUACAGAGUUUUAAAGAUCGGUCAUGCGUAGCGUGAAAAGUGCAAAUAUUUGGGUAUCUAGAGUAGGCUGUCACAGAGGCGGUAUGCGGUCGUUGCGUGAUGCCGUAGUCAAAGCCUUUUGGUCUACAUCCAGAUUACUGGAGCUUUUAACUUGAGUGGACGAUGAAACAGCCUGUUUCUUGACCUAAAAUAACAUGUAAUGCACACGAGAGGAUCACGUUGAUUAAGCCACUCGCAGCAAAUCUGAAAAAAAUCACGGGCCAUCAGCAAGCGGUACCCAGUUCGCAGCACGUAUGCCCCACGCUAUGCAUGUCUCGACUGGCUUUGACAAUGUUCGUUUUUACUGCGUGGUUUGGCGCUCAAAGUUGGAUGUUGGUGGGACACACCAAACCACCUCGUGAAGUGGGUUCCGUGACAGGGCGGGGACUCGUACCCAGCGAUUUAGCUCGUACUCGUACCCAGAGAUUUAUACUGAAACUUGGGAACUGCUGUAGCGGUGGACGAAUGGGCGCCUUUGUGGUUGGGCGUCGGUGCAUGCAUUUAUACUUUUAUAAGCAAUAUUCUCAGCGUGGAAUGGUAUGCACGUCUUGCCGUUCGUGCUGUGUCGGUAUUAGUUUUCCAUCGUUCCAUUAAAGCCUUGCCUCGCAUUGGUCAUGGGGUACGUGGCAACCUAUCGGUCAUGGGCCAAGUAGAACGCCGAUGCGUGGAAUCUGUGAGGACCUGUGGUCAUCUUUUGAGCGGACGGUACCAGCCCAGCUCAGAGUUGGCUAACACUCAACGAGUAGUGCGUACUGGUGUAGAUGUGGAGCAAGUGAUCGUUAACAUACCGCCAGACAACUGCCUCUAUUGAAUUUAAAUAAAAAUGGCAAACUCA